AUGGCUCGUUGCUCGCCUGUUCUUGUCUUCGGAGAACCUUUGACGAACCUCGACAUCUCAAACAUCGCAGUUCAUGGACGCUCUGCUGAGAACGAGGACCGUGGUGAACUGUGCUCUGCCUUAGCUAAGCACUUGCAGACGCUCCCCAGAGUCCAGCUCAUCGAGGCACAUGAGGCUAUGCAGGGCACACCUUGGCAAGGACCUUCACGGCUUCAGGCACUUGAGCGAGGCGUUCAUGGCAUUGGGAACCCAGAGACUCGCCCAUUCCGCUCUGUGGCUGGUGCACCAAUGCGCCCCCCUCCUCUACCCUCCCCUUCGAUGCGUCUCGUUGGACUCGAUCAGUGUUGCGCUAUCGCUGUCGCUUCAUAUCGAUAA